AUGCCCUGGCCGUUCCCGGAGAAACCGUGGUCACGGCUGCAUCUGGACUAUGCCGGUCCUUACAGGAACACCUAUUUUUUUAUCGCAGUCGAUGCGUUCUCAAAGUGGAUUGAAGUGUUCCCGGUCUCCACACCCUCGGCUGAAGCAACUAUAUCCUGCAUGCGAAUUAUGUUCGCAAACCAAGGCCUUCCAGAUGUGGUCGUGUCGGAUAAUGGGCCAGCAUUUACCAGUGAGCUCUACUCCACAUUCCUCAAGAAAAACGGGGUGAGGCGAAUGCUGGUGCCGUCGUAUCAUCCAGCGUCUAACGGUGCUGCAGAGCGGGCAGUGCAGACGCUCAAAAACAAGUUGCGGAAGGCUGGCCCUGGAGAUAUUCGCACUCAAAUUGCCCGCAUACUCCUGGCUUACAGGUCAACGCCUCACGAGGUCACGGGUUGCUGUCCGUCGGAGCUGUUGUUGGGGUGGAAGCUGAGGACUGCGUUGGACCUGCUACACCCAGACCUCAGGACUAAGGUGCUACAGAAGCAACUUAAGCAGAAAAUCAGAUGCGACCAAGGAACAAGACCCAGGGUUUUGGGUCACUCUGGUGACCAGGUGUUCGCAAGGAACUUCCGUCCAGGUCCUGCGUGGCUCCCUGCAGUCAUCACCGAACAACGCACAUCGUCUAUGGAUGUUCUACUGGAGGACGGACAGCGUUUAACUCGACAUCUGGAUCACAUCCGCCAGCCCCCUGAGGAACUAAGUGCAGACAACCAAGAGUCAGGCAGCCCAGUAGCUACAGGUCUGGCUCCAAGCUUGGACGUGGGUCAGAGGCAGCUAACUCCGGAUCGCCUUCACGACACCGAGUCUAGGCAAGAUCCCAGGGCAGACGUGGCGAGGGAAACGGAACUUGCUGUCAAAGCACCCAGUACUCCUGUCCUGCGUCGAAGUACCAGAAUUCGACGACCAGUAUCGCGCUACUCACCUUGA